UGAGAAACGUAUAUGCUAGCGGAAAGCAAGCAACUUUUGGAAAACUGAGUGAUUUUGUUUGCAACUGCUGAUCUGACGUCAAAAUAAAUAUCUUGCGCAUUAAGUAAUAAGACACCGUUCCGCAAUUAUCAUCGUGGUUUCCAGAAGCCAGUACUCACCACGAGUAAAUUUGAUUUCGGUCUUUCGAUAAGUCCGCAAACUGCUAUGGCUACAAAUUCCGUCUCUGAGCAGGAUGUAGGCGAAACCAGCUAUACUAUGCGCACAUCCAUGGAUGCAUCCCAAGUUUUUACAACGAUUAAAAACUUGCGAGCCAGCAACGUGCUGUGCGAUGUGAUCGUAAUCGGAAACGAUUCGACCGAAGGAGUUCCAUGCCACCGCAUUGUACUUAGCGCCCACAGUACGUUUUUCCGCACUAUGUUCACCGCUGGUCUCAAGGAAUGCCACGAGAAAGAGGUCAAACUACAAGAAUUAUCUUUGGCAGUUUUGCAGAAUGUGGUGGAUUACGUUUACUCCUCAGAAAUCACCGUUGACGAUAGCAACAUCCAUGCGCUGCUUGCUGCAUCAGUCUUCUUAGACACUGUUCCUUUAGCCAAAACGUGCUGGGAAUUUUUGGAACGUCAUUUAUCCAGGAACACCUGUUUAGCCGUUUUCUGCUCUCUUCACUGCGAAACGCACCGACCACAGUUGACCGAUCGGGCCAGAACACUAAUCCUGCGGCACUUUGCUGAUAUUUCCAAAAAUUCAGCUUUUUUGCAGCUAAGCAAAGACCAGGUAAUCGAAUUAAUCAGUUCAGACGACUUGGAGGUUGAACGCGAGGAGGACGUACUCAGUGCCGUAAUGCGUUGGCUGUAUUAUGACCUUGAGCACCGCCGUCCGCAGUUGUAUGAUGUCGUUCAAUUUGUUCGGCAACCGCUUCUGAGUGUAACAUCGCAUCCCGACUACUUUCUUGCCCUGAUGAACGCCAUCAAAGACAGCCCGGCUGGAGGACAGCUGCGAGAUGGGGAAUACCUUAUUCAGAUACCCAAUCGCCGGCAAGACGCCGCUGCCUGCCAGGCACGUCCGAGAAAUCGAUGCGGAUUAACAACAGUAAUUGUGUGCGUCGGAGGAUUUACCAACAACCAUAAAACAACACUUUUGACUGAAUGUUUUGACCCGAUUCGUCAAUUUUGGAUUAGCUGGGAAAAAGCACCAUCUAAUGAUAAUGUAUUGGACGUCGGUCUAGUCAACCUGGAUGAUAAGCACAUAUUUCUCUGUGGCGGAUUUGCGUGGCAUACCCGUAGGACUUUGGCGAGUGUACAUCGAUACGAUGUCAAUCCUAGCAAAUGGGAAGCAGUAGCACCCAUGCAAACGGCCCGUUCCGGUCACGGUGUGGCCGUGCUGAAUAACAGCAUCUAUGCACUUGGAGGCAGUAGAUCUAACAGCAUGGGCAGAUACGAGUCGACGGACACGGUUGAACGAUACGACCCAUUGACAAAUACGUGGACAUCUGUCGCACCCUUGCAGGUGCCGCUCUCUUGCUUUGCCAGUGUGGCUUACAAUGGGCAGCUGUACAUAUUUGGCGGAGGUACUGGUAACGACCAGACGACGCGGUUUGUAUUCCGCUACGAUCCCCUAGCAGAUCAAUGGAGGAAAUUGACGAAUAUGCCUACUGCACGGCGUCGUUGCUCGGCGUGUGUCGGACCAAGCGGUCUAAUUUAUGUCAUUGGUGGGAUCUCAGCACAAGGGGAAGAUCUGGCCUGCGUUGAGGCAUAUGACACGCAUACCGAUAAAUGGUUGACCAAGCCUUCCAUGGGCAUGGUGAGGCAUGCCCCGGGUACCACCUGCGUGGACGAUAAAAUCUACGUCUUGGGAGGAGGUUACGAUGAUUGGGCUUGUCACAGCAGUAUUGAAGUGUAUGACGAAAUUUUCGAUACAUGGACCACACAUCCCAGCCAGAUGCCCACUGCACGGGCCAAUUUCGGCUGCGUGACCUUACCAGUACUUUCUGGUUUCGGGCUGUCCAUGAGUUUGCGAACUGCGAUGGCCACAGAUUCCGUCUCUGACUGCGGGCAGAACGCGGAAAACCAACGUGUUGAAGAAAGCCAUGCCGUGCGCACCUCCAUGGAUGCCAACCACUUUCUGACAACGAUAAAGAACUUGCGUGCCAGCGAUGUGCUUUGCGAUGUGAUUGUGACUGGAAACGAUUCGACCGAGGGCAUUCCGUGCCACCGCAUCGUACUCAGCGCCCACAGCUCCUUUUUCCGCAACAUGUUCACGGCUGGUCUAAAGGAAUGCCACGAGAAAGAAGUCAUACUGCAAGAAUUAUCUUCGGCUGCCCUGAAAAAUGUGGUGGAUUAUUUCUACUCAGCUGAAAUCACCGUUGACGAUAACAAUGUCUCUUCACUGCUGGCUGCAGCACUUUUUUUGGACAUUGCCCCCUUAGCCGACACAUGCUGGGACUUUUUGGAACGUCAUUUCUCCGAGACCACGUGUCUGUCCAUUUUCAGUUCUCUUCACUGCGAGUCACAUCGACCAGCGUUAACCAAACGCGCCAAGGAAAUAAUUCUUCGACACUUUGCUGAGAUUUUCCAACGUCCUGGUUUUCUCCAGCUCAACAAGGACAAGGUAAUCGAGUUAGUCAGUUCGGACAACUUGGUGGUGGAGCGCGAGGAUGACGUACUCAGUGCCGUAAUGAGUUGGUUGCACUAUGACCUUGAGCAGCGGCGUCCACAGUUGUACGAUAUUGUUCAGUUUGUUCGGCAACCAUUGCUCAGUGUCGCAUCGCAUCCCGACUACUUUCUGGCCCUCAUGAACGCCAUCAAAGACAGCCCGGCUGGAGAACGAUUGCGAGAGGAAGCCUACUUGAACCAGAUACCAAACCGCCGACAAGACGCCGUAGCCAGCCAGACACGCCCGAGAAACCGAGGUGGAUUAACGACGGUUAUUGUAUGCGUUGGAGGAUAUGCCGCCAACCACAACGGGAUACUUUCCACUGAAUGUUUUGACCCGAUUCGUGCAUCGUGGACUAGCUGGGAAAAAGCACCGUUUGAUUACAAUGUCUUGGACGCUGGUCUUGUCAAUCUGGAUGAUACGUUCUUGUUUCUUUGUGGCGGGUAUCAUGGUCGUAAUAACGUGUUGCGGGACACGUACCGGUACGAUAUCCGGGGUGGUAAAUGGGAAGCAACGGCGCCCGUGCCAGGGGCCCGUUACGGCCACGGUGCUGCAGUGCUCAAUAGCAGCACAUACGUGUUUGGAGGAUCGGAUGGUACGGGCGGGUACACCUGCACGGUUGAACGUUAUGACCCAUCUGUAAAAAAGUGGACAUGCGUUGGAUCUUUACCGAUGCCGCGGACCCUUUUCGCCAAUGUGGCUUAUAAUGGGCACUUGUACAUGUUUGGCGGAAGAAAAACCGACGUUUCUGCUGGCACGACGGCUUCGGCAUUGCGCUACGAUCCCGGAACGAAUGAAUGGAAACGACUGGCGAGUAUGCCUACUGCUCGGCGUAUGUGCUCGGCCUGUGUCGGACCAAGUGGUCUCAUUUAUGUCAUCGGAGGAAUUUCAGCUCAGAAUGAAGAUUUGUCCUGCGUUGAAGCGUACAAUAUGCGAACUGAUCAGUGGUUAACCAAAAGCAACAUGAAGAUAGCGAGACAUGCUGCGGGCACCGUUUGUGUGGACGAUAAAAUCUACGUCCUGGGAGGAGGUUUCAAUAGGGUGGCUUGUCACAGCAGUAUUGAAGUAUACAGUAUGACGAAUUCUCCGAUACGUGGACCACACAUCCCAGCCAGAUGCUCAUCGCCCGGUCCAAUUUUGGCUGCGUGAGUUUACGUAUCGGGAAUUGUUAAGAAAUCUCGACUACAUGAUGAUCGGCUGCUGUGGUUCAACGUCGGCUGAUAUAAGUAACGGAUGGAUCAAAUAUCGCAUUAUAUUCAGCCUUGUCGCAAAGUUCGAAUUUAUGUUUUUUAUGCGUAAAGGUUACUUGAGUGUCAAUUACUUGAUAAAAUCAUUUAUCUAAAAUUUCCUGCCCUUGAUCUUGCCAGAGCAGUAACUAAAUUUGAGCUGCUUCGUUGCUGCGGCGGUUUUUUUUUGUGUUUCGACUUAGUGUUAAACGGAUGCGGAGCCUUUUUACAUAUUUUUACUAGGCUGGAUAAACUAUCAGUGUGGGCGAUUUGUUACUCAAGUGUGCUUUUUUACCUACCGAACAUUCC